AGGUGACUGUCUACCUUCCCUAAGCUCCAGGCAUUGAGUUACUGCUCUAAUUCUCUCCCCCUCAGUCUGGUGAAUCUGCACACAAUGGCAGUAAGGUGUCUCCCAUGCUCGUCAGUCUUGUGGUGCUACAGGCUGAGAGCAGAGAGGUGAGCAUUGCCACUGCCUGUGCUGCCUCAGAGCUUCUCUGCCCAGCUCAGCACCCUCAGGGAUGCAGCUGCGUGAUUAGCAGCUGCUGAUCAGCUCCUAUUUUUCAAGGUUAAAGAAGAAAGGUAAAGAAGAAAAAAAUGGUGUACUGCUUUAAAGGAACACCAUGUGUCUGGCAAAAUUUUGAGAAGGCUCAAGGCGUUAAAGAAAGCCCAUCUAAAUAAAGGAGGGUUAACGUGACAUUGCAGUUACUUAAUCCUGUAUUGUCCUGCCAUGUGACUGCAGGGAUACUGAGGCGCAGCACUUCUUUUGCCUGGUGCACAGAUUAUUCUUUUCCUGUCAUCUUCCAGGAUCAGUUGCUUUGCUGAACCUGCCAUGAGGAGGAAACAGAGCAGCAACAAACUUUUUACAGCAAGGUUUCAAGGCACAGUGAUAAUUUCAAGGCACAGUGACAGGUCCACAGGCUGAAGAACGAAUCAAAGGCUAACCCUAUGUUCAGCUCUUGGACUGGAACCAGAAUCGAGGAGAACUAUGCUCUUAAGGUUAGCUAUUCAGAAUUAAGUGGAAGCAUCUGUAUUUGUUCAGAGUGGUUUAUCAGCUAUUUGUCUGUUAUGUUUCUAUCAAGUCAGUUUUCAAAGCAGCAAGCUAAAGCCUGAAAAGUCAUGUCAAAUGUUUUGCAUGUGUCAAAUGUACUGCAUAGACUGUGAGCAGCUUGCCUGUUUCUUGCACAAAGUUUACAGUUUUAAUUGCAAAGCGUCUUUUACCUUGUAGAUGAAGAUCCUGACAUACUAAAUCUGUUUGUGAGAGAUGGAUAGAAGCAGCUUCCAUUUUUAUCUCUGGUUUUGAACAGAACUGCAAUAUAUAGAUAUGCCAGAUUUGUUUUUGAAGUAAUUUCCAAACUAAUCCUUGGACUUUCAGUAAGCUGUUUUUGCUAAGUUUGUCACAGUGUCCAUUAUGUGCAGCAUUGCAUAUUCAUACAGAAUGAUUUCAUUUAAACUCCUGAUCGGGACAUCUUGUUAAAUGGGGAAGUGAUUACUGUGUAGACUAUGACAACAGGAUAUGCGAAUGGAGGAAGUCUUGGAAAACACCAUUAUUCCAAGUGGCAUCGUGAGGACAGCGGAGAAGACGAUGGGCACCCAGAGUGCUGUGGAGGAGAUGAAGGGGGCAGGCAGCACAGGCUGACCCCAUUUGAGAAACUGAUGCAGGAUAUGUCCCAGAAUGAAAAAGUGGUGAAAGAGUUAACCCUGGGAAAGAGAAUUGGCUUCUAUCGAGUCAGAGGAGAAAUAGGAAGUGGGAAUUUCUCACAAGUGAAACUUGGAAUUCACUCCUUAACUAAAGCAUUUCUCUUUUCAGAGAAAGUUGCAAUUAAGAUUUUGGACAAGACAAAGCUAGACCGGAGGACUCAACGUUUGCUAUCUUGUGAGAUAUCCAGCAUGGAAAAACUGCACCACCCAAAUAUCAUCAGACUAUAUGAAGUGGUGGAAACACUCUCAAAGCUGCACUUGGUGAUGGAGUAUGCAGGAGGUGGGGAGCUCUUCACUAAAAUCAGUACAGAAGGAAAGAUGCUAGAAACAGAGUGUAAAAUAAUCUUCUCCCAGAUUGUGUCUGCUGUGAAGCACAUGCAUGAUAAUAAUAUCAUUCAUCGGGACUUGAAAGCAGAAAAUGUCUUCUACACCAGUAACACUUGUGUUAAGGUGGGAGACUUUGGAUUCAGCACAAUAAGCAGAAGAGAUGAAACUUUAAAUACCUUCUGUGGCUCUCCUCCUUAUGCUGCCCCUGAACUCUUCCGAGAUGAAAGCUAUGUUGGCAUUUAUGUAGACAUCUGGGCACUGGGAAUCCUGUUAUACUUUAUGACAACGGGUAUCAUGCCAUUUCGAGCAGAUACAGUGGCCAAAUUGAAAAAGUGCAUUCUUGAAGGAACAUACAGUUUGCCUCCCUGCCUCUCGGAAACUUGCCAGAAACUGAUAAAAGGAGUCCUUCAGCCAGUACCAACUGAACGAUACUCUGUCAAACUUAUUAUGAAUAGUGAAUGGAUGCAAGGAAUACAGUAUCCCAAACCUUUACAGCCAUUUAAACUGGAUCCAAGGUAUUUAUCAGACAUCACUACACUCAAAGAGGAAGAAAUUGAAGUGAAAAAUAUUCUGGAAAAUCUGGGAAUCACAGAAGAGCACAUUCAAAAUAACCAGGGAAGAGAUGCGCGCAGCUCAAUAACAGGGGUCUACAGAAUUGUUUUGCACAAAAUACAGAAGAAAAGGGCACUUGAAUAUGUUCCUAUCAUGUCCUAUCUAGACCACAAAGACAACCUGAGAAGAGGAAUCCAUUCUUACAGCAGGAUGAAGCACACAUCCAAGCUGUGUUCCAUUUUAUAAACUGCACUGCAGGCUUUAUACUCAGCACAUUUAACAAAGGGUUUUAUUCACUUUUUACAAGUUCUGAUGUUACAUUUUUUUGCAGUUUUUGAAUAAACCAAAAAUGCCUCAUCUUUACAUUUCCAAAGUCACAGUGAAGCAUUCAAAUACACAUCUCUCAUGUAUUUGUUUGUCCCUUGCUCUACCCAGUGCGAGAACCCCAGUAAGCGAAACAGGUCACUAGCAGAGGUGAUCUUUUAGUAAAGAUCAAAUAGUAUUGCAUUUAACACACUUGGGAGAUUCUGAGUACAGGCAUGUAACAGCUAACUUGAAAAGUUGCACCUCUGCUUGACACAGCUUUACCACUGCAAACCAGGACAGUUUUUGCAAAGAACUAAAUUUAAGCAGAAACUACACCGUGAUCUAAACAACUGCAAAUUCUUCUCUACAACUUCUUCAGCAAAUUAAACAUGAUAAAAUGUAUAUCAGAGCUUCUUUUUAAAAAAUUUUAUUUAAAGAAACAGCAGUGCUGUUGUAGACCACAGUUCUCAAUUUGUCGCAAUUCAGAAAGGCAAAUUAGGAUAUAGUACUUAAACCCUGCAUGGGUAGUUGCAAUUCCUCAUGUGUAACUGGUUGGGCUAUCAUCUACUGACCUGAUGCCUUCCAUUACUUGCACAAGUCUGACAGUCUAGACCUGCUUUGACUUCAGUUGCACUCCAAUAAAAAAAGAUUUAAAUGUACUCUAAAA